AAAGCACUGGUUGAGAUAUAUAUAAACUUGUUAAGCUGGAUAAACUUACGAAUGCAGUGUUUAUUACCACAGAAACAUCAAGUGAAUUGUCCUCGAAAAGGAAAAAACAUCGAGGUCGAACAAUGCUCCACAGGGUUCACGCACGUUCAAGAGAGGAGCGUCCUGUGAUUGUUCUGAACUCAUUAGGUCAGCCAAUUGGACCUACUAAGGAGAUUGUGCAAGAGUUCAAGUUUUUUUCUGGGAACGGUGGCAAGGGAUUCCGAACUUGCACCGCUUAACUACAGAAAUUUUCCUAGCCUACCGACACUUGAUAAGAUAUUGGAUUAUGUCCAGGAGAAGUAUAUGGUCCCCCACGCCGGGUUAAAUUGGGUGAUGGAUGCUGUAAAUAGUUGUUGGAAAUAUUAUAAAUGCCAAAUCAAGAAGAAGCACUUCUAUGCAUAUGAUACGGAUGAUUUAAGGUGGGAACAUAAACCAGAUACAAUCUCCGAUCAGAUGUUCCUAGAUCUUCUACAAUAUUGGCAUACCGAUGAGGCGAAGGCAAUUAGCCAAAGCAACAAAAGCAAUCGUCUAAUGUUAGAUGAUAUGCACACUUUGGGACGCAAAUCAUAUGCUAUUUUACGCCAUGAGUUGCAACAACAAGAUCCCGACAAGAAAGAACCUUCUCAAGCAAAGGUUUACAAGGAAUCAAGAAAAAGAAGUGCUGAAAGGACAUACAUUAGCAGCUUUGAAAAAGCAAAAGAGAAUAUUGACAAAAUUGAUGCUUUGGAGUCAGCACAAUCACAAGAAGAUGGUAAUGUAUGCAAUGACCCUUACAGUGAAGUGAUUCCACCUCCUAAACGCAAAAGUCGUUUGCAUCUAUAUGGCUCGGGUGUGAAGAAGAGUGAUUUGAAGAACAAAGAUACAAAGUCAAAUUACAUACUCCCGGAGGAAUUCCUGGUAGGCAUAAAAACACAAUUAGUCCAAGAAAUUGCACCUACCAUCACCGCUGCAGUUUUGGAUUCGAUUCGCGAGGUCAACCCCGGGAUUAAUCUUGUGGUUCCUAGUACUCUACAGCAAUUGACUCCGCAUGAUGCAUCUAGUGCACCAAAUCGAAAUACUGCCCAAAGUGGACAAUCUUCAAAAUCAUUUAAUCAGGUGGUUGAUGACGAUGAGCUACCCCGGGAUGAAUGAAGUAAGGACUAAUGUUGAUUUUAUGUAUCUAUUGCAACUUCUAAGAGCUUUCAAAUUAAACGUUUGUUAAUUAAUUAGCUAGUGAACUUUCAUUUAUAAUUAGUUAGUAUUGACACUUCGUUUACUUUUGUAAUGCAACGAAUAUGUAUUAUAUGUACUUCGUUUAUUUUGUAA